AGCGCAGCUGCGGGCGUGGGGGUGGCAGGAGCCGCGGAGCCGGCACUGAGAGCGGCUGCGGCUGGAGCCGGCGGUCGAGACAAAGGCGACGACUACCUGUUAGACGCCCUGAGUCAAGACAACAAUUUUUAUACCUUCCUGGUGGUUGAGAAACGAGUAUCUGUAGAACGAGAAGCAAAGAAAGGAAAACAGAUUGACUUUCUUCAUUAAAUCGACUGUAUAAGAUACUUGACUUUCAGGAACAAAAACACAGAGAAGUAAUAAAAUUAUUUUUUUUUUUUUGGCAUCAUUGGACAUUCAGCAUAUCAAGGAGCUUGCUUUUGAAGCUUCCCGAGCCAAGAUUUGAAAACUUCACUGGUGCUCAUUUAUACCGUGGACUAUAAGCAUGAGUGAAUUCUGGUUGUGUUUCAACUGCUGUAUUGCAGAACAGCCUCAGCCUAAAAGGCGCCGGAGGAUUGACCGAAGUAUGAUUGGAGAGCCAACAAAUUUUGUGCACACGGCUCAUGUAGGAUCGGGAGACCUAUUCAGUGGAAUGAAUUCAGUUAGCUCCAUUCAGAACCAGAUGCAGUCCAAGGGGGGCUACGGGGGUGGGAUGUCUGCCAGCGUGCAGAUGCAGCUUGUGGAUACGAAGGCUGGAUAGCCCCGAAUCCUGGCUCCCGUCAUUGUGAAUUUGUGUUUUCUCUUUUCACUCUUUAAUUUGUUGUUGUGAUUCCUUUUCCAAUACAAACAAGAAGUGUGAUGGCAUCUUGUUCACCCUGUUGUGAUUCCUCCAGUGAGACGUUCUUGUUCUGCUCUGCAGAAGCUGUCGUCAGAUGAACCCUGCGUUUCCUUUGG